AUGGUUCAUCGGGUACUGAAAUGUCCGGAAUGUAGGGCUGAGCAUCCGGUGCCGUAUGAAGGUGUGAAAAACUUCCAGUCAAAUUAUACCUUGAUGGGUUUCCUCGAUAUACAUCUUCAAGCCACAGACGACAAUGCUGCGCAGCUGGAAGCAUACAUUCAAAGGUCAGCUUUUCUUUUGCAUCUCCGAGUAUGUCAAAACCCAUUAUUGACAGAAACCAUUUUUUUAUGUUACUCAUGUGAAACGAACGUCAGGACUGCUAGUAAGCUAAAUAACAGGCGACACAGUACUGAUCAGAGCAACUGGGAAAUUGUCAGCUGCAUAGACCAACUAUGA